AAGAUCUCUCUUUUACUAGCUCACUGAGCGCACUUCAAACCGCUUUAAAACCAAUUGUAACAUCGACACCUCCACCUCCUGUAAAUUCCAAGCCUACAUCACCCUACUCAAGAAAGCCAAGCCCUCCACGCACUGCAACUCCAGUAUUCUCCAAAAGCAUUAUUGAUAGCCUCACAAGGACUAAUGAACUACAAAACCAGGACCUCCAAAAGUUGCAAGCCCAGGUCAAAAAUUUGAAAAAAAGAUGUGAAGUACAAGAACUUGCCUUGCAGAAUUCAGAAAAGAAAGCUCAAGAGGAAUCUGCCAAAUUCAAUGCUGCAAUAGAAGUCAUCAAGUCUCUUGAUUCUCAGCUGAUGGACAUAGCAGAGAAACUACCUCCCGAGUUUCGUGACAGCUUGGGCGUCAUGCAUGGUCAAGCAGAAACAUUCCUUAAGCAUAGUGAACAUGUCAGAUCAGACUUUUCAUCUUCGACAAUGGAUUCUUCAUCUAAUUUUCAAUCUCACCUGACAAAUGAGGGAAUUGACACUAGAGAAUCUACUUCGCAACAUAGCAUUGACAAUGGCUUAAAAUCACCUCCAAGCUCUAGGCAAAGCACUGAUGGAGAAGCCGAAUUGGUUGAGCAGUUUGAGCCUGGUGUAUACAUCACUUUCAUUCAACUAAAGAACGACAUCAAAAUGUUCAAACGGGUUCGAUUCAGCAAGAGAAGGUUUGCCGAGCAACAGGCAGAAGACUGGUGGAACAAAAACAAAGAAAGAGUAUUCAAGAAAUACAGUUAUCCAGGGCAGGCCACUACCACAUUACCCACGAGUGCACCAAACGAGGAGGAAGAUGCAACACCAUCCUCCUAGACUUAGCUGUUCUCGUUGAUAGUAAGGAGCAGUGGUGAGAAGAGACAAAAGGCACGAACUGACAGUGCAAGCUUCAUGGCUUAUGGAAGACUUCCUAUUUAGUUGGCAAUAUUCUACUGCUAAUCAAUGGUUAGAGCUUGUCAAGGGAUAGAGAUGGCAAUCUAGACAAGAAGCUUUGUUUAGUCAUAUUUUUCCACCAUUGUUCUUUGUAACAAAUCUUCUACUCGUGGGUUGUAUCAUUGUAUAGGUUCAUUCAACUUAUCAUCCAAAAGUUGCAUUAUAUGCAUCACAAAAAUGUAAUAUACUGUAUUCUCUCCCUUAGGGCAAUGAAUCAUGAUAAGAAUGUGCAUAGAAUGUCAUAGAUUAUUUGAUUA